AUGAAUAGUAAUAAUAACUUGAAUACAAAUUCAAGUGAGAAAGUUGAUAUUGGUUUACUUCUGAAAAAAUUCAAAUAGGCAAACACUAAACUUAGUCCAUUGCCAUUAGAAUAAUUUCAAAAAGUAGCCUUUGAUAGCAAUAUAGAACUGUUAUAACAAUUACCUAAUUGUGAGAAAACAUCCUUUAUGAGAUUUAAAGAACUUAAUUAAGGUGCUGUGAGUGAACUAAAAAGAUCAUUCCUAUAGUCUAAAUUAAUAUGGAAUAAUUAUGGUCAUUCAUUAUUUACAGAAGAUCUUUUAGAUUAACCAAAAUAUUAUACAUCAAGAAAAAUGUAAAUGAUUCAUAAUAGAGAUACAUUUAGAAAAAUAAAGGAACAGUAUAAAAAAUAGGAAGAAUCAUCUAUUGAAGAAGUAAAGAAAUAUUUUAAAAAAAUUAAAUCGAAAGGUCCUGAUAUCAAAUCUUAUCCAUCUUUAUAAUAUUAAGAUUUGUAAAGAAUGGAAUCUAUAAGAAGACAAAUAAGAAUUAGUAAAAUAAAUGAUCAAAAUAAUAACAAUAAAGAUGCUUAAGAAAUGCAAAUUAAACUCAGUGAAUAAAUAAACGAAAUUAAAAUUAAAAGGCAAAAUGUUUACAUAUAUAAGGAUGUAUAAAUUCAAUGGUAACCAUCUUCAAGAAAUGGCAGCACUAUGCUCUCUUACAAUCAUCACUUAUAUUUGUAUGGUGGAGCAGGAGCUAAGUAAAAUGAAGACUUUUGUUGUGCUUCUGUUGAUAAAAGUGUAAUCAUUAAAUAUCUUAGAAAUUUACAAAUGGUAAUAGAUAAAACUAGAUGAUUAACAAUAAAACGGUUUCAGAAGUAAUCAUUCAGCUGCACUAUAUAAAAACUUUAUGGUCAUUUUUGGUGGAGAAGUUCAUUAAAUACCUAAUAAUAAAAGAAUAUUUAGUGAAAUUACAUGUGAUAUUAGGAUUAUUAAUUUAAGUAAAUUUAUCCUCUAAAUUAAUUAGUCUCUAAUGAACUUAAGGUUUUUAAGUAAACAGGUAUCAUUCCUCCAAGAAAAUCUCAUAUUGCAGAAGUAAUUGGAAGGAGUAUGAUUGUUCAUGGAGGAAUUGAUAUUAAAGGUUAAUAUCUUAGAGAUAUUAUUGCUUUUGAUUUAAUUACUUAAAGAUGGAGUUAAGUUAUAACUGAGCAGAACAGUUGUUUUCUUGAUGGAGUUGCCUUUCAUAAAUCUGCUGCUGUCUAUUUUAGUCAUCAAAUUGAACUUUAUAAAAGUGAUAAUGAUAGUAAAUUAAGUAAUCAAGGUGUCUAUAUAUUUGGUGGUUUUGAUAAAAAUGGACAUUACUUAGAUGGUUUAAUAAGAAUUGAUACAACAACUAAACCUGUAGGACUUGAAUAAGUUUAAACAAAGGGAAUGUCUCCAAGUAUCUCAUUUAUUUUAAUUUAUAGUUGGUCGUUGUUAACAUUCAAUGAAUUAUGUGGAUAAAUAUUAAUUGCUUGUUAUUUAUGGAGGAAAGAAUGAUGAUCUAAAUAUUAAUGGAUUCCUCAAUGAUCUUCAUCUUUUGGAUAUUAAAAAUCAAACUUGGAUAAGUGUAGAUAUUAAAGGUAAUUAAGUUGCAGGAAGAUGUAAUCAUACUUCUUCUUGUAUUGACUCAAGACUUUACAUAUUUGGAGGAUACAAUUAUUCAGGAUUUAUUAAGAGUGAUUUAUUGGUAGUUGAAUUAGAUCCUAUUCUAAUUUAAAAGUUAAGUUCUGAAGAUGAUUAUGUUGAAAAACCACUCAAAUAAUAAUUGAAAGUUACAUUUAAAAAUGAAAUAAAAAAAGAUCAUUUAUAAGACAUAAAAGAAUAAAUAAAUUAAAUAUGUGGAUAACCAUAAAAAUAAUAAAAUUCUUUGCAAAAAUAUAGAAGAAUAAGUGAUGUAUUAGGUUCAUCAAAUUUUAAAGAACUUAAAUUUUAAUCCUAAUAAAUUAAAAAUGGAGGAAAAUAAUAAGAAGUUGGAGGUAAUCCUUCUGAUAUAAUAAUAAAAAAUUUGAAAAGAACAAUGACUACAAUUGUAAAUUCAUGA